GGUUUUUCAGUUAUUAACCCAGUUUUCUACCAAACUAAAUUUUCCGCGAAACCAAACAAAGUCGAGAUUGAUUUUUGAGAAUCGUCGCUAAUUUUUCCAUUUCACUCCAAUUCUCAUAAUCUUCGAUUUGCUUUCAUUUAGGGUUUAGAUACUCCCGAUUCUGUUCCUCCAAGAUGUGGCACGAAGCUCGGCGAUCAGAGAGGAAAGUCCACGACAUGAUGGACGCGGCUCGAAAGAGAGCUCAAAGACGAGCCAUUUUCUUAGCCAAAAGACGUGGCGAUCCUCAACAAUCCAUUCAACUCAUCGGCUCUCGCUGCCGUAUCUACCGCGACGAUGCUCUCUAUCACGCCACUCAAGACCAGCAAGGCCUGAUUCCUUGGAAUGGAAAACAAGACGUUUUGAUUGAUAGAUUUGAUGGCCGAGCUCUACUUGAUUUUAUUCGGGAGCCAAGAACACGGAAUUUUAGGAAUCUAGAAAAGUCUGAAGAAGAGGAAGAAUUAGAAGAAAUUGUUAAUUUUGAGCGUUAUCGGGAUUUAAUUAAGCAUCGGCGUAGAGGAUUUACGGAUGAGGAGGGUUUACAACAUGUGAAUCUAGAAAUGGAGGCGAAAGUUCUCACACCAUUUCAAUCAGACAGAUCACAACCAGCGCAACCAGCUAAUAAAAGUUCUUAUUCACAAGUUGGAUUUUCUUAUGAUGGUGGGAAAGAGGAAGCUUACUUUUCAGAUGCUGAUGAAGGAGAGGAAGAUGAAGAAGAUGAUGAUGAAUUCGACAGUGAUGAUAGUAAUGAUGAAGGAAUGGAAAUAAUAGCGAAAGGAUUUGGAGUGAAAAGGUAUGGUUGGCUUGUUUAUAUGGAUAAAAAAGCAAAAGAGGAGGAAAAAAGACAGAAAGAAGUAAUCAAAGGCGAUCCUGCAAUUAGGAAACUGAGUCGCAAAGAAAGGAGAAAAGCUUCUCAAAUAGAGAGGGAGAGAGAAAGAGAAGCUGCACGGAUAACCGGAACACGAGUACUCCGUACUGAUCCCUACCGGGAAUCUAGGCGUAGUCCAACCUAUGAUGCUUAUCCACGUAGGAGGUCAAGAUCUAGAUCACGUUCAUAUUCUCCAUCAUACUCAAGGCGCCAUGCCCGUGGAGGUUAUUCUGAUGAUUCUCAUAGAAGAAAACCGAAGGCUCCAAAAAUAGAGUAUAUUACAGAGUUUGGGGGUUCUGGUGACGGAAAUGGACCAAAGCUUGAUGGAGUUUCUCCACCAUCAUCUCCUCCAUCUCAGGCUGACAUUUUAAACCGGCCAUCAUCUGGUCAUAUACUCGAGGCACUUCAUGGUGAUCCUGCAUCUGGUGUAUCUCUUGACAAAGAAAAGGGUGAAGUGUUAAAACCAGCAUUGAGUGGAACAUCAGCAUUAGCCAAGUUGACAAAAGCAAGUGCCUCUGGAGGACCCUCAAAACAGGGGCAGGUUGAAAAGAAAGAAACUCCACAGGAGCGACUAAAAAGGAUUAUGAGCAAACAGUUAAACAAGCAAAUUAAGAAGGACACUGCUGCGGAAAUGGCUAAGAAACGAGAGCAGGAGCGCCAAAGACUGGAAAAACUUGAAGAAACAAGCCGAUUAACUCGUCAAAGGUACCGAAGCCGCAGUCGCAGUAGGAGCAAUAGUCGUUCUCCUCCAAGACAUCGACGAAGUAGAAGUUCUAGUAGGAGUCGUAGUCAAAGAUAUGUUUCUCUCUCACGUUCACGAUCUAGGUCCCGCUCUUACUCUCGCUCGCAUUCUCGUUCAAAGUCCCGCUCACCCAGGGUAAGAAGCCAUUUAAGGUACUGAAUUAGAAGGUGAUUGCUGCAAAUAUUGCUGGCAAGCAAGCAGGGUAUUUGAUAUCUAUGUUAUGCAGGGUUCGAUGAGAAUAUGGGUAUUGGGAUUAGUUUUACAUGUUAUUCAAAUAUAAUACAUUAAUACUUUUAUAAAUAAGAUUUUUUAAUCUUAAAAAAAUUCUUUAAAUAUAUUUAUUUAUCAGAAUUAUACCUA